CAGGAGUCCUGGCUCUCAGCCCUGCCUGUUCUAACCCACCAGCCCCCACUCCCCUCCCAGAGCCGGGAGGGAGAGAACCCAGGAGUCCUGCCUCCCAGUCCCCGCCUGCUGUAACCCACCAAACCCCACUCUCCCUGUGAGAGGUUGUAUCAGCCCUCCCACUCUGAUGAUGCAAGUGCCUUGGGGCCAAGAGUCCACACCCCUCACCCUUGCUGGGCAUGUGCCCGGUGGCGGAGGGAGCGUAUAAAAGGGAGCAGCUCGGCUCAGUCUGCCCUGGCUGGAGAGGAGAGUGGACGUGCGCCGCGAGCCCCUGCUGAGAAGCCGCCGGGAUUCCAGACCGCCAAAGCCGAACCCCCAGACUGCGGCGCGGGAGCCCUGUCAGUCGCGGGCCCCGAAGGGGGCGUCGAGCUGCGACCGGUGGGAGAGACGCCCGAGGCGGCACUAAGGGACCUGCUGGAGCAGGGCAGGAGAGAAGCUGAGCAGAGCCCUUGGGAGGAGGACGCCCCAGAAGGACCGAACUGAAUCCCUGUGACCUGCGUCUGCUCCGCCCUGCGAAUGCGACGGAUGAGCUGAGAGCCCGUUUCAACCCUGCUCUGCAGGACUCCGACCUAGAGCCCCACUCAGGGCAACACAAAACCGGAUCUUGGCCCGUGGUGCGGGUGCAUCAGAGGGGAGAAGGGGGGCGGAACGGGCAAGUGACCAAUAGGGCUGUGGAUCGGCCUUCAUCAGGGUCCAACCCAAAGUCUGUGAGUGGGAUAAGUUGCACAUCACAGCGCAGAGAGUGACUCACCAGCAGGAAGCACCCAAAUCCCGGAGAAGCUGCUUCGACUCAGUCCAGCAGGGAGCCCUUAUGGGUGGGGGCAGCGCCAGGAUGGCCGACAGCAGCGAGGGGGCAGAGCUGACGCUCACCUCAGGGGAGGAGGAGUGUGAGAUGCGCGUGUGUGACACUGAUGGGGAGCCCCGGGGCCAUGUCGCUGAGCCCACGGGGGACGUGUGUCUGGCCAGGUUACGCGCCAGCCCCCAGGCGCUGAGCAUGGAGAACCUGCAGGGAGCGCGGGACGGACUGGAGCAACGCGGGGAGCUGGGCGAGGAGCUGGGCAGCUGCCUGGACCUCGCCCUGGAGAGGUUCUCCCGGGAGCCUCGGUGCGUGCAGGAGAACGCCAUGAUGCUGGUCCAGUGGGGUGAGGAGGAGCUCGUGUUCAUCUCUGAACAGGGGCAAUGUGAGAUGUCGGUGCUCCUUGCCGAUGGGGAACCCCAGUAUCACAUCACAGAGCUGGGAAGGGACAGGCCAGUGACUUGGUCACACACCAGCCCAGAGCCGCUGAGUGUCGCAGACCUGGCGAGGGUGCGGGACAGACUGGGGCACUGGGGGGCGCUGGGCGAGGAGCUGAGAAUCUGCUUUGGGGAAGCCAUUUCCCAGUUCAGCCGGGAGCCCCGGUGCAUGCAGGAGAACGCCAGGAUGGGGAUCCGGUGGGAAAGGGGGAGCCUGGAGUUCCUGUCAGGGGAGGGGGAGUGUGAGAUAUCCGUGUGCUACAGGGACGGGAGACCCCAGUACGAUAUUGGGGAGCUCCCCGUGCAUAUGUACCUAGAUCGGUUACAAGCCCACCCAGAACCACUGAGCACCGACACUCUGUGGAGUGUGUGGGACAAACUGGGGUCCUGUAAGGGGGACACUGAUGAUCUUAGAGCCUGUUUUCAUCACGCCUGGGAGGGUUUCCGCCAGGAGCCCCGGUGUGUGCAGGACAACGCCAGGCUGCUGGUCCAGUGGGGCAGGAGGCAGGUCAGGUUCACCUCGGGGAACGGGGAAUGUGAGAUCACAGUGAGCUGUGAGGACGGGAAAGCCCAGUACCGUGUUGUGACGAUCCCAGAGCACGUGUACGUGGCUCAGCUACGCGGCCGCCGCCUGUCACUGAGCGCUGACACCCUGCAGAGAGUGUUGAGUGAACUGGGGUCCUGUCAUGGAGACACUGGUGCCCUGAGGGCCUGUUUUGACCGAGUCUGGCAGGGUUUCCGCCAGGAGCCCCGGUGUGUGCAGGACAAUGCCAGGCUGCUGGUCCAGUGGGGCAGGGGAGAGCUGAAGUUCGUCUCCGGCGAGGGGCAGUGUGAGAUCUCCGUGCUCCUCACCACUGGGGAACCCCAGUAUCACAUCACAGAGCUGGGAAGGGACAGGCCAGUGACUUGGUCACAUGCCAGCCCAGAGCUGCUGAGCGUCGCAGACCUAGCGAGGGUGCGGGACAGACUGGGGGACUGGGGGGCGCUGGGCGAGGAGCUGAGCAGCUGCUUUGGGGAGGCCAUUGCCCAGUUCAGCCGGGAGCCCCCGUGCGUGCAGGAGAACGCCAGGGUGAGGUUGUGUUGGGGCGGACAGAGCCUGGAGUUCCUGUCAGGGGAGGGGCAGUACAUUUUCUCUGUUUCCUAUCAGGAAGGAAAUCCCCGUUAUCAUUUUCAUAUUGAGACUCUCCCAGGGCACUUGUAUGUGGCCCGGUUACAUUCCCGCAAGGACCCGCUCAGUGCUGACAGCCUGUUGAAAUUUCACACUGAGCUGGGUCUCUGUCGGGGGGACACUGCUGCGCUGAGGGCCCGAUUGCACGAAGCCUGGGAGGCCUUCAGACGGGAGCCCCGGUGUGUGCAGGAGAACGCCAGGCUGCUGAUCCGCUGGGACGGGGGGGAGCUGGAGUUAGUGUCUGGCCAGGGGCAGUGUGAGAUCUCCGUGCUCCUCGCCGAUGGGGAACCCCGGUAUCACAUCACAGAGCUGGGAGGGGACAGGCCAGUGACGUGGUCACAUGCCAGCCCAGAGCCGCUGAGCAUCGCAGACCUAGCGAGGGUGCGGGACAGACUGGGGUGCUGGGGGGGGCUGGGCGAGGAGCUAAGCAGCUGCUUUGGGGAGGCCAUUUCCCAGUUCAGCCGGGAGCCCCUGUGCGUGCAGGAGAACGCCAGGAUGAGGUUGUCUUGGAACAGGGGGAGCCUGGAGUUCUUGUCAGGGGAGGGGCAGUACAUUUUCUCUGUUUCCUAUCCGGAAGGAAAUCCCCGUUAUCAUUUUCAUGUUGAGACUCUCCCAGGGGACUUGUAUGUGGCCCGGUUACGGUCCCACAAGGACCCACUCCGUGCUGACAGCCUGUUCAAAUUUUACACUGACCUGGGUCUCUGUCGGGGAGACACUGCUGCGCUGAGGGCCUGCUUGUACACAGCCUGGAGGGGAUUUGGCUGGGAACCCCGGUGCGUGCAGGAGAACGCCAGGCUCCUGAUCCGCUGGGACGGGGGGGAGCUGGAGUUCGUCUCCGGGCAGGGGCAGUGUGAGAUCAGCGUGUCCUGCAGCGCCGGGGAGCCCCAGUACCACAUUACAGAGAGAACCCGGGACGUGUUUGUGGCUUGGACACACUCGCACCCAGAGUCGCUGAGCAUCAGUAACCUGGAGAGGGUGCGGGACAGACUGGGGUGCUGGGGGGUGCUGGGCAAGGAGCUGAGUGGCUGCUUUGGGGAGGCCAUUGCCCAGUUCAGCCGGGAGCCCCCGUGCGUGCAGGGGAAUGCCAGGAUGAGAUUGGAUUGGGACAUGGGGAGUCUGGAGUUCCUGUCGGGGAAGGGGCAGUGUGAGAUCUCUGUAUCCUGUCAGGAAGGAAAUCCCCGUUAUCAUUUUCAUGUUGAGACUCUCCCAGUGCACUUGUAUGUGGCCCGGUUACGGUCCCGCAAUGACCCGCUCAGUGCUGACAGCCUGUUGAAAUUUCACACUGAGCUGGGUCUCUGUCGUGGAGACACUGCUGCUUUGAGGGCCCGAUUGCACAAAGCCUGGGAGGGGUUCAGCCAGGAGCCCCGGUGCGUGCAGGAGAAUGCCAGGCUGCUGAUCCAGUGGGGCAGGAGGCAGCUCAUGUUCACCUCGGGGAACGGAGAAUGUGAGAUCUCCGUGCGCAAUGGGGACGGGAAACCCCAGUACCAUGUUAGGAAGAUCCCAGUGCAUGUGUACGUGGCUCAGCUACGCGCCCCCGGACAGUCACUGAGCGUAGACACCCUACAGAGAGUGUUGAGUGAACUGGGGUCCUGUCACGGAGACACUGGUGCUCUGACCGCCUGUUUUUACCAAGCCUGGGAGGGUUUCCGCCAGGAGCCCCGGUGUGUGCAGGAGAACGCCAGGCUGCUGAUCCGGUGGGAUGGGGGGGAACUGGAGUUUAUCUCCGGCCAGGGGCAGUGUGAGAUCUCGGUGCUCCACGCCGAUGGGGAACCCCAGUAUCGCAUCACAGAGCUGGGAAGGGACAGGCCAGUGCCUUGGUCACACGCCAGCCCAGAGCCGCUGAGCGUUGCAGACCUAGUGAGGGUGUGGGACAGACUGGGGCGCUGGCGGGGGCUGGGCAAGGAGCUGAGCAGCUGCUUUGGGGAGGCCAUUGCCCAGUUCAGCCAGGAGCCCCGCUGUGUGCAGGGGAACGCCAGGAUGAGGAUCAGGUCUGAUGGAGGGACCCUGGAGCUCCUGUCAGGGGAGGGGCAGUGUGAGAUCUCCGUGUGCUGUAGGGACGGGAGACCCCAGUACGAGGUUGGGGAGCUCCCCGUGCACAUGUACCUGGCUCGGUUAUGUGCCCGCCCAGAACCACUGAGCACUGACGGCCUGCAGAGAGUGUUGAGAAAAUUGGGGUCCUGUCAGGAAGACGUCGGUAUCCUAAGAGCUUGUAUUUCCCACGCCUUGGACCAAUUCAUUCAGGAGCCCCGGUGUGUGCAGGAGAACGCCAGGCUGCUGAUCCGGUGGGGUGGGGAGGAACUGGAGUUAGUGUCUGGCCAGGGGCAGUGUGAGAUCUCGGUGCUCCUCGUCGAUGGGGAACCCCAGUAUCACAUCACAGAGCUGGGAGGGGACAGGCCAGUGACUUGGUCACACGCCAGCCCAGAGCCACUGAGUGUUGCAGACCUAGCGAGGGUGCGGGACAGACUGGAGGACUGGGGGGCGCUGGAUGAGGAGCUGAGCGACUGCUUUGGGGAGGCCAUUUCCUGGUUCAGCCGGGAGCCCCCGUGCGUGCAGGAGAACGCCAGGAUGAGGUUGUGUUGGGACAGGGGGAGCCUGGAGUUCCUGUCAGGGGAGGGGCAGUACAUUUUCUCUGUUUCCUAUCAGGAAGGAAAUCCCCGUUAUCAUUUUCAUAUUGAGACUCUCCCAGGGCACUUGUAUGUGGCCCGGUUACAUUCCCGCAAGGACCCGCUCAGUGCUGACAGCCUGUUGAAAUUUCACACUGAGCUGGGUCUCUGUCAGGGGGACACUGCUGCGCUGAGGGCCCGAUUGCACAGAGCUUGGGUGGGGUUCAGCCAGGAGCCCCGGUGCGUGCAGGAGAACGCCAGGCUGCUGAUCCACUGGGACGGGGGGGAGCUGGAGUUCAUCUCUGGGCAGGGGCAGUGUGAGAUCAGCGUGUCCUGCAGCGCCGGGGAGCCCCAUUACCACAUUACAGAGAAAACCUGGGACAUGUUUGUGGCUUGGACGCACUCGCACCCAGAGCCGCUGAGCAUCAGUAACCUGAAGAGAGUUCGAAACAGACUGCGGUGCUGGGGGGCGCUGGGCAAGGAGCUGAGCGACUGCUUUGGGGAGGCCAUUGCCCGGUUCAGCCGGGAGCCCCCGUGCGUGCAGGAGAACGCCAGGAUGAGGUUGUGUUGGGACAGGGGGAGCCUGGAGUUCCUGUCAGGGGAGGGGCAGUACAUUUUCUCUGUUUCCUAUCAGGAAGGAAAUCCCCGUUAUCAUUUUCAUGUUGAGACUCUCCCAGGGCACUUGUAUGUGGCCCGGUUACAUUCCCGCAAGGACCUGCUCAGUGCUGACAGCCUGUUGAAAAUUCACACUGAGCUGGGUCUCUGUCGGGGGGACACUGCUGCGCUGAGGGCCCGAUUGCACAGAGCUUGGGUGGGGUUCAGCCAGGAGCCCCGGUGCGUGCAGGAGAACGCCAGGCUGCUGAUCCGCUGGGACAGGGGGGAGCUGGAGUUCAUCUCUGGGCAGGGGCAGUGUGAGAUCAGCGUGUCCUGCAGCGCCGGGGAGCCCCAGUACCACAUCACAGAGAAAAUCUGGGACAUGUUUGUGGCUUGGACGCACUCGCACCCAGAGCCGCUGAGCAUCAGUAACCUGGAGAGGGUGCGGGACAGACUGGAGUGCUGGGGGGCGCUGGGUGAGGAGCUGAGCGGCUGCUUUGGGGAGGCCAUUGUGCAGUUCAGCCGGGAGCCUCGGUGCGUGCAGGAGAACGCCAGGAUGUGGUUGUGUUGGGACAGGGGGAGACUGGAGUUCCUGUCAGGGGAGGGGCAGUACAUUUUCUCUGUAUCCUAUGAGGAAGGAAAUCCCCGUUAUCAUUUUCAUGUUGAGACUCUCCCAGUGCACUUGUAUGUGGCCCGAUUACGUUUCCGCAAUGACCCACUCCGUGCUGACAGCCUGUUGAAAUUUUACACUGAGCUGGGUCUCUGUCGGGGAGACACUGCUGCUUUGAGGGCCCGAUUGCACAAAGCCUGGGAGGGGUUCAGCCAGGAGCCCCGGUGCGUGCAGGACAACGCCAGGCUGCUGGUCCAGUGGGGCAGGAGGCAGCUCACGUUCACCUCGGGGAACGGGGAAUGUGAGAUCUCUGUGCGCAGUGGGGACGGGAAACCCCAGUACCAUGUUAGGAAGAUCCCAGUGCAUGUGUAUGUGUCUCAGCUACAUGCCCCCGGACAGUCACUAAGCGUAGACACCCUACGGAGAGUGUUGAGUGAACUGGGGUCCUGUCACGGAGACACUGGUGCUCUGACCGCCUGUUUUUACCGAGCCUGGGAGGGUUUCCGCCAGGAGCCCCGGUGUGUGCAGGAGAACGCCAGGCUGCUGAUCCAGUGGGGCAGGGAGGAGCUGGGGUUCGUCUCUGGCCAGGGGCAGUGUGAGAUCUCCGUGCUCCUCGCCGAUGGGAGGCCCCAGUAUCACAUCACAGAGCUGGGAGGCGACAGGCCAGUGACUUGGUUACACUCCAUCCCAGAGCCACUGAGCAUCGCAGACCUAGCGAGGGUGCAGGACAGACUGGGGUGCUGGGGGGGGCUGGGCGAGGAGCUGAGCAGCUGCUUUGGGGAGGCCAUUUCCCAGUUCAGCCGGGAGCCCCAGUGCGUGCAGGAGAACGCCAGGCUGCUGAUCCAGUGGGGCACGGGAGAGCUGGAGUUUGUCUCCAGCCAGGGGCUGUGUGAGAUCUCGGUGCUCCACGCCGAUGGGGAACCCCAGUAUCACAUCACAGAGCUGGGAAGGGACAGGCCAGUGACUUGGUCACACGCCAGCCCUGAGCCGCUGAGCGUUGCAGACCUGGCGAGGGUGCAGGACAGAUUGGGGCGCUGGCAGGGGCUGGGCGAGGAGCUGAGCAGCUGCUUUGGGGAGGCCAUUUCCCGGUUCAGCCAGGAGCCCCGCUGUGUGCAGGGGAACGCCAGGAUGAGGAUCAGGUCUGAUGGAGGGACCCUGGAGCUCCUGUCAGGGGAGGGGCAGUGUGAGAUCUCCGUGUGCUGUAGGGACGGGAGACCCCAGUACGAGGUUGGGGAGCUCCCCGUGCACAUGUACCUGGCUCGGUUAUGUGCCCGCGCAGAACCACUGAGCGCCGACACCCUACGGAGAGUGUUGAGAAAAUUGGGGUCCUGUCAGGAAGACGCCGGUAACCUAAGAGCUUGUAUUGCCCACGCCUUGGACCAAUUCGUUCAGGAGCCUUGGUGCGUGCAGGAGAACGCCAGGCUGCUGAUCCAGUGGGGUGGGGAGGAACUGGAGUUAGUGUCCGGCCAGGGGCAGUGUGAGAUCUCCGUGCUCCUCGCCGAUGGGGAACCCCAGUAUCACAUCACAGAGCUGGGAGGGGACACGCCAGUGACUUGGUCACACGCCAGCCCAGAGCCGCUGAGCGUCGCAGACCUAGCGAGGGUGUGGGAGAGACUGGGGCGCUGGGGGGGGCUGGGCAAGGAGCUGCGCCACUGCUUUCGGGAGGCCAUUUCCCGGUUCAGCCGGGAGCCCCCGUGUGUGCAAGGGAACGCCAGGAUGGGGAUCUACUGGGACAGGAAUAGACUGGAGUUCCUGUCAGGAGAGGGGCAGUGUGAGAUCUCUUUGCGAUAUAGGCACGGGAGAGCUCAGUACGAGGUUGGGGAGCUCCCAGGGCACAUAAACCUGGCUCGGUUACACACCCCACCAGCGCCAGAGCACGAACCCCCUGAGACGCCGCAUGAUUGA